CCCAUGACUGCCGCUAUCCCUUCUUCAUCCCCCCAAUGGGGCUUGUGGGGACCGCCCAUCCCGACGGAGAAUUUGUCUUUGCUCGCGCAAGUACUUGGUGUGGGAUCCCCUACUGUGUCAGCACUGCAAUAAGUAAGCUUUACGAGAAGAUCAUGCAAUGUUUCAUCUCCGAGCAGAAAUCGGUGGCUGCAAACUCGAAUUCCGCCAUACCGCCUGCCAACCUGUUCUUCCAGCUAUACGUCCACUCCCGAGUCGACGUGACGGUUAAAUCUUCUGCGCCGGAUCCGAGCGCUCGGCUACGAUGGACUCUUCAUCACAGUCGAUACCCCCGUCAUCGGCAAACGCACGGCAGACCGUAGACUCGCCGCCAGAGAGAUGCUGGAGGCUGGUCCUGCC